UUGUAUUAGAAAUGUUAAAUAUAUAUCAUAAAAGAUAUAUUUUCAUGAAAAUGUUCUCAUUUAGAUAUUUAUUUUCUUCCGGCGAGGGUACUUUGUAAAUAUGAUUAACAAAUACGCGAACAAAUCUGGCGCGAAGUCAUCAGGUGGCACCACGUAUCUCACAAGGGAUACUACGGACAUGGCCCUCGCCGAUUUGAAUGAAAAGUGUGGUUAGUUUAGUAUAUACGUGAAAUAAACAUAAUUGUAAUUUCUGUUGUACAUAUUAUUUAUUAUUGAUAAGUAUUUAUAAUCAUUCGUUAAUCUGCAUAUUUAAUUUUCCUGCCAUGAAUUAACAUUAGUUAUAAACGAUCUCCUCAAUUUUAUAUUAGAUAAGCUAACAGCACUUUGUCAUUUAAAAUCGAAAGCAUACUUAUCGAACAACGAAGAUGAAAUAUUAGAGUUAUCGCUGCACUUGAAGAACCCGGAUUUUUUCAACUUCAAAGUUAAUCCAUUUAUUGCUCAGUCGAAGUCUCUUAUCCAAUUAAUUCAAUUAAAAUAUUGAAGAGUUCAAAUUUUAAUGAGUCCAGCUUCAUGCUUGUUUUUAAAUUAUCAACUGUAUAUCGCGACCAAAAUGUUUUAGCGCUCUACGGUCAACAAAGGAAACCUAAAUUCCCCAAACGUGCUUGCAAUAAAAUAAAGGGAUUUAAAUAUUUAAGUUUCUAUUUUCUUACUGGUUCUUGACAAUCAACCAAUCGGAGAGAGUGGUAGAUAGUAACAUCUUAGUUACAGUCAGGUAAGUGGAUGGCGUUAUUGUAGAAUACAAAUUCAAAUGAACAACGGUCAGUCGUGUUAUAACGUGUAAAAUUCGUUUUCCGACAGUAUACCUGUCGUAUUUAUUCAGGGAACACAUAAAUUCACGGGAGUUUUUAUUUUACGUGUUAAAUUUUAAUGUUUGAUUGAAAUAUUUGAAAGAGAAAGAAAUAAAAGAAUGGCCGAUUCGUCCGAAUGGGAACCGCUUAUGCAGAAGAUUACUGCAAAACUAAGUAGUACAUUGACUCAAUUGCACGGAAUAUGGGAAGAAAUAGGAUAUAAUCAAGAAGUACGUUCAAUAUAUUGCAAACAAGUAUUUGAUCAUAUAGAAGAUUUAUUAGGCGAUAUGGUUUCAGAGUCAAAGCUGAAAAAAGAAACGAUAUUAGUCAAUGUUAAAAAUUUGAUGGACCAAAUAGGUGUUCUAACGAAAGAAUUAGCAAUAAAUAUUACAAAUGCUGGAUAUGAAAAUCUAUCAUUAAAGGAAGUAGAAGAGGUGCUGCGCGCUGACCUACAAAAUUUACAAUAUUGCAAAACACAACGUGUGACUCAUUUUAAGAAAUUGCUUGCAAAGGAAAAAUCCCUUUGUAAGGUAUUAGGCACUCAACCAAUUAAUAUAGAAGAAAAAUUGCCUUCAGAAGAAGAACUUAAGAGUUUUGAACUCUACCUUGAAAAACAAGAAGGUGAGAAAUGUCGUUUAGAAACCAUUUUUAACGAACAACGUAGAGCAAUUGUUAGAAUGAUGGAUGAUUUAGGCACAUCUCCAUCGUCUAGUUUUCAACAUAUAGUAUAUGAAGAUGAUGAAAAUUAUGUCUUUAGCAAUAGCAAUAUGAAUAAAUUAAGAGAACUUAGAGAAGAAUUAGAACAUAAAGUGAAUAGUGCAAAGGAACAUGUUGAAGACAUUAGACAAGAAUUAAUUGCAUUAUGGAAAUAUCUUAACGAACCUGAACAUAUUUGUCAGUCAUUUCUUAGCAGUUACGAAGGAUAUAGCGUAGCAACUAUAAAUGCACUAACCACAGAAUUGGAGCGAUGUAAAGAAAAACGGAAGCAGAACAUUGCUAAAUAUGUGUCACAAGUGAGAUCUGAGUUAGUCAAACUGUGGGAUUUAUGUAAAUUCAGUGAACAGCAAAGAAAAGAGUUUAUAUAUUUUUAUUCCCAUACAUAUACAGAAGAUUUAUUAACAUUGCAUGAACUGGAAGUAAAAAGGAUCCAAGAGUUCUAUAAUUCAAAUAAGUCUAUAUAUGAACUCUUACAGGAGCGUGAUGAUUUGUGGACAAAAAUGAAAGAAUUGUUACAACGUGCAAAUAAUCCAGAUCGUUUUUAUAAUCGUGGUGGUCAGCUAUUAAUGGAAGAAAAGGAACGUAAAACCAUACAGAAAAAGCUGCCAAAAAUCGAAGAGCAAUUAAGGGAUUUAAUAAAGGAAUAUGAAAAUAUGCAUGAAGAGAUAUUUACUAUAAAUGGAAUGUCAGUAGAGGAACUAUUGAAAGAAUCAUGGGAACAUUUAAACGAAGAAAAGGAGUCUAUAAAGAAGGCUAGAAAAGAAGGAAAAGAUAAAUCAGCAAAGAAAAUAACACCAGUUGUUUCUAAAAUUCCUUCUAAAGCUGCUUUAAGCUCAUCCAAAAAAGGUAUAUUCAGUAUUCGUCGUCAUACUCCGCUUAAUUACUCAAAGAGGAAACUUUUCUGUAGUCCUUCUCCAAAUACCUCUGCAAAGCGUAGAAAUAGGAGCAUAGGAACAAGUGGAUCUAAAAAUAAAGGAAACAGUGCAAUUUCUAAAAAAGCAUCGAAAUCAAAAAAUAAUAAUAAAAACGAGAAUUCCAUGUUACAAAGUUCAACAGCUACUGACACAACAUAUAGUAAAUUUGAAGAACACUUAGAGGAUAAGAAAGAACUACGAAGUUCUUUAUUGCCAGAAAAGGUAUUAGCAAAUGCAAGUAAAUCUAGAAGGAGAAGAUCAGUACGAACACCUGCUAAGCCACUAAGAAAAAAUUUACCAUUAUCAAAAACACCAACAACUUCAGAAUCAUCGCAAUUGCAAUUACAUAAAUCACCACGUAGCCCUAGGAUAGCACAAUCAUCGAGGCUUGUCACUAUAUCAACACCAUUACCUAUAAUUUUUUGAAACAACAUAAAAAUGUUUUACAUAGUUAUAUCAAUAUGAAUUAUAAGCUAAAAUAUUAAACAUUUUGUAAAUAUUUCUAUUUUCUUA